AUGAAAGGUCUGUAAGUUAUGGAAGUUCUGAACACGAGUAAGCCCUACAUAUAAAAGCACAUGAAACCUGUCAAUACAAAUAAUUGUGUGAUUAAAUAGCAUUGGCAUAACAAUGUUCACAGAUAACGAUUUUUCACAUUAGUCGGGCGAAUAGCGCUCACGAACUAGUAUAGAUAAGGACGUCACAGAAAGAGAAGAUUUUACAAGGUCAAAAGACGAUAGGCCGGUCUCGGACUCAGAAAUCGGGAUACGAUUAAUAGCUGUGGUCAGAAGCACGCCUUAUUUUGCUUAUCAAGCGAACUUUGCUUCAGUAAAUUCAAUGUAUGCUUUUUGAUAACAGCGGAGUUUGUUGCUUUCCGGAAAUGUCAUUGAAAUGCCAGUUAAUACUUUACGAUAUUCAGUGCUCUCAGUCGACUGUACAAAGCGAGAGGAUCGUUAGUUCACCUUAUCGAAACAUUGGAAAUAAGAGAUAUUGAAAGCACUUAUUUAAUCAGUGUGCUUUUUUCUGAAUCAUUCUUUUAUGCAGAUGGCCGUUUGGUCAUAUUUGUAGACUCGACCAGGCAUGGAAUCUGUUAGGGAAAAAAUAGCAGUAUUUACAACGGACACCUGCGACUAGUAUGCUUCAGAUCAUUUGAAGAAUUUUCACCAACAAGUUUUCUCUGUAAACAGCCCACUACUAUAGUAUUUCGCCAGUGAAUGUGAGCGUAUUUCGUAAUUUUUAAAGCGAUAUCAAGGAAGUAGAAAUAGAGCAUUCGGAUCAACCUUUGCGGAUUCACGAAAGAUAUUAACUUUUAGUUGCGGGCACAAUGACUUGCUUUUCUUUUUUCAUCCCAACCACUUUCGAUAUGAAUUUAAAUGCACUAAGCUGCGUUCAUAUGGAUACCGAAAUUCGACUGAGACGGUUAAUGCCUUGCCUGUUCUGUUUUAUCGACCUCACAAAAAGUACCCUGCCAUAUGUUUAAAAGUUAAGAAGCCGCUGGUGUUGGGCCCCUUCGUUGUAACUAAGGGAAUAUUUUCAUAUGACAUGUCCCACUAAAACAAAUGAUCUCUUGUUAGCAUUAUCUACAUGGUAAUAGAUGUCAUGAAUUUCUGAAGAAGAAGAAGAAGAAGAAGAAGACGAAGAAAAAGAAAGAAGACGAAGAAGAAGAAGAAAAAGAAGAAGAAGAAGAAGAAGAAGAAGAAGAAGAAGAAGAUGAUGAUGAUGAUGAUGAUGAUGAUGAUGAUGAUGAUGAUGAUGAUGAUGAUGAUGAUGAUGAUGAUGAUGAUGAUGAUGAUGAUGAUGAUGAUGAUGAUGAUGAUGAUGAUGAUGAUGAUGAUGAUGAUGAUGAUGAUGAUGAUGAUGAUGAGAACGCAGCUGAUUUUAUGAGAAUAAAGCAUUUUUAG